AUGGCAGUGACCCGUGGGGAGUGGGAGGAAGGACGGCGUGCGGUGCCCUUUGACAUCAGCAUCAGUGAGGACAUGAACCUGCUGAGUGAUCAGGGUUUUGCCAACGCCCUCUUCCACUGCUGCAAUUUGAAGCCUGGGGCAGGACAUCUCUCGGUCACGUGGGAGCACACACCGCUCGCCGGCCAACCCUCUAGGUUCGGCAUCUCGCUUGCAAAGCUGCGGACCUUGCAUGAGAAGGCCAAUAAGCGGCAAGCCAAGGCUUUUCUAGUGGCAGCGAGGAAGAGUUCGAACCGCUUGGAUGGGAAAGGUGGCAUGGGCGAUGAACAAGCUCUGAAGGAGAAGAAAAAGAAAGACAAGAAGAGCGACAGCAAGAACUCAGAGAGGAAGACAAAAGAUGAUAAGAAAACCAAGAUGGAAGCGGGGAAGGAGAAAGGUGGCAAGCGGCAGAAAGAAGAGAGCCGAGGCAGAUCUCGAGAGCGUGUGAAAAAGGCGAAGCCCUCUGAAAAAGCAGAGAAGCCACCGAAGAGUGGUGGUGAGGCAAGCCGUGAUGUGAAGAGAAAGCAAGAGAAAAGUGCGAAGAACAAGAGGGUGAGUUUCCCAACUGAAUCUUCUGAGCCAAGGUGGCCUGUGGGUGAGAAGAGGAAGGGCGCAUUGAAGGAGGCAAAGACGCAUGAGGAGAAGAAAAGAAAGACAGCUGAGAAGGGUGAUGAGAAGGGUGAUGAAGAAAAGAAGGCAAGAAGAGAGAAGAAGGAACACUCAGCGAAGAAUGCAAAAGAGGAGGGCAAACAGAAGGUGAAAGAUAAGAAAAUCAAGGAGAAGGAAGAGAAAGCGGAGGUAAGAGACAAGGCCAAGAAUAAAGAGGAGAAAGAGAAGACAGAUAAGGGAAAGAUCAAGGAGAAAAAGAAUUCAAAGGAGGCAAGCAAGGAAGCCAAUGCACGUCCGGUAACACCAUGUGAGAAACCUUCAGUGCCAGCAACACCACAGCGUGAAGCUGUAGUUUCAACACCUCCCACAGCAAAGCAAAAAGCUGAGGCAAAAUUGAAAGAGCUUGUGGAUGUGCUGGACAAUUUGCCUGAUGAUGAGGAACCAAACAGUGAGGACAGCCUGGACAGCCUGUCAGAGGCGUUGGGCGAUCAGAUGGAAAGCGACGAUGAUGGUGAGGAUGGAAGCCAACAGGAUGAGGAGAGCGAGAAUGAGGAGACAAAGCCUCAUGAAGAUGAGGGUGAGGGUGAAGAUGAAGAUGAAGAGGACGCUUGCGAGGGUGAAGGUGAAGGUGAGGGUGAGGCAAAGGAGGAGGAUGAUGAUGCAGAAGCAAACGAAAGCGGCGAAGAUGAUGCAGAAGAAGAAGAGGAGGAGGAGGAGGAGGAAGAUGGAGAAGAAGCGGAGGAGGAAGGUGAACAUGAAGAAGAGGAAGGAGACGAGGAUGAGAAGACAACGCCCUGUCAUGCUCUUGUGCCUGUCACUAAGUCUACGUCCAUGGCCUCGGAGGACCUCAAGAAUAGCGCAACGCACAAGAAAGAGUGGGACAAGUUCUGUCGUGAAGCACUCAACCGUGCCAAGUUUCCACAGGAAUUGUCAGAGUACUACGCCGCAAAGAAGACGGAGCUAUUCAACAUAUGGAUGGACACUGGCAUGAGUUGGCAAUCUUGCAAAUUGCAUGUGGAACGUGACAUCACCCAACGGAACCGCACGACCAAGGGCUGGCAAGCAGUGCAGGGCAAAAUCCUGAGACAACAGUAUUCGGAGGAAAAGUUCAAGAAUCUCAUCGGUCGUCGAAAGGCGGCAGGAUUGUUUUACGAAGAUGAGGAUUUCCCCGGCGACGAUGAUGAGUCCUGGUUCUUCAUGAGGAUCGGGGAAAAAGUUCGAAGGGAUGAUGAAACUUCUGAAAAGAUGUCUUUGAAGGCCAAGUCAGAAGUGUCAGAGGAGCUUCGCCAAGCACUGACAGACCAAGACGAAGGAAUUCUCCGGCCUGGUGCACUUCCCAAAGUCUCAGCAGCAAAGCAGGGCAGCAAAGAACUCUUGGAUGCACUCGGCAAGGUGGCAGCCCCAAAGAAGAAACCCAAGCCCGAGAAGCCGGUGGCUGAGGAUGCAACACCGCAAACCCUUGAGGAGAAGGUGGCAGCAGCGGCUCUCCUGCGACCUCCGGGGAAAAGCAAAACCAAAAAGACCAAGGAAGAGACUCGGAAGAAGAAGACGGACUCACCCAAAACGGUGGUUGUAAAACGGGAGCCUGGAGCAAAGUGGAUCCAUGGGAGCGAAGUGGCCUGUUGCCGCAGGUUUCAAUACCCAAACCUUCGUUUCGCUGGGAUUCAAUUUCAGGGUUCAUCGACUAUAGGGUUUGACCUCUAUACCCUGCAGAGGAAGCGAAAGCGGGUAGCUUUGGAGAAUUACGAGGAUGUGGCGACUGUUGAGAAACUCACCGACCUUAUUUCUAGAGGCCAUAUGAGCAUUACAGCUGCUGCGGACGUAGCGCGAUCUGUGGUACAGGACCACAAGCUACCAGUAGAAGCUGUGGCGGCGUUUAGCUCACUUGGUUGUAGUGGCGAUCGCCCUGGAAACAACGAGAGGGAUCUUCACACAUGGCUUGGAGGGCUCUAUGGGUUCAAACUCGAGUCCUACGCAGUUACAAUGAACUUGCAGGGAGGGGAACGUGUGUUGUGUUUGUACCAGGUGCGAGUUCUUCUACCUCACGAACUUUUGGACUGCUUGAUGAAAGCGGACGCGCCACACGUGGUGGACUCGACACUUCUCGGUCACCUAGACAAGUGUUCUAGAGACAAGUUCUGGAGCCACGUUCGGAACCUAGAUGGAUGGCGAGAGCACCCAAUCUUCAGCAUCAUGGAAGGCAACAACAUGAGCGAUGUGAUCCCCCUUUGUGUCCACGGUGAUGGUGCGGCAAUGAAGAGGGAUGAUGAGUGUUUCGUAUGGUCCUUUUCGAGUUUCUGGGGAUCUCAGGGGGAAAUCAAAGAUGUUCUUCAUUACAAGUUUCCUUUCGCAGUUAUCCAUGAGCGGCACAUGAAGAGUCACAAUGUCCGCAGUGGGGUCGAGAGGAUCAUUGCUGACGUUUUCGCCUGGAGCAUCAAAUGCGCUUCUGAUGCGGUCGCUCCUGUGACGGGAUUUUAUGGAGAGGAGUUCCCCAAGCGAUCCUACAGAUAUCAAAUAAGAGGGCAGCAGCUUGCGAAGGGGUGGCGGGCUUGCUACUUCACAAUGAAAGCGGACUUGAAGGCAAGACACCAAAUGAACUUUUUUCAGAGGUGGUACCAGUGCAACUUGCUUUGCGACAGCUGUUUGGCGUGCUCUGGCCAGCAGUGCUGCGAUCGGAUGAACUACAGGAACUUUGGUACUUCAGAGGCAUGGUCAAUGACCUUUCUUAGCCAUGAGGACUACCUUAGGUUGGAAGGCGUACCUUCGCCGUGGAUAGCAGUUCCUGGUUUCAGACUUGAAACCGUCAGCUGGGAUCUUUUACACAACGUGUUCUUGGGAACAGGUCGUGACCUCGUUGCCAGCGGGAUUCGUGUUCUCAUCCGAGAAGGUUGCUAUGAUUCUUUGGGGUUGACCGAUCUCGAUCUAAUCCUCAGUGCUGUGCAUGAUGAAGUCAGCGAAACUUGCAAAAAACAUGGGUUCUAUGUGCCCGGAAAGCCUAUCUUGAGCGAGGCCAACACUGGUGGCUCUGACUACGCAGAAAUCGGCUCUCGGUUUAAAGCAGCGCAUGUGAAGGUGUUGAUCUGGUGGCUGACGAAGAAAACAAAGCAG